AUAUGAUUAGUUUGAAUUUUUUUUUUCUUUUGGUUCAUUUUUAUAAUUUAUUUCAUAAAUUUCUUUUCUUUUCUAAACUCCUUAUUAAUUUUAGAAUCUUUAUCUUUGUUAAUUUUUUUUAUAUUUGUUUAUAUUUUCUUUUGCUUUUUUUCUUUAAGAAUAAUUAUGUAUUUUUUCGUUUUUAUUGUUUGUGAAAGGGCUAUCGGUCUAUCAAUCUUGGUCAGAAUUGUAAAGUUUUAUGGAUCCGUAAACUUUAAUUCUAUAAAUUUUUUAAUAU